GCAAGUCAUCAAUAUCCCGGCCACUUAUGACCCACUUUCCCGGCUAACCCCGGUUGACUUUCCCCGUCUCCAAUAAAAAUUAAAGCUUUUUAUCAUGGGGCCCUUCGACUCUUUAACAGCAACUGUGCAAAUGCAGAGACUCUGUAUCUUUUGCCCCUUGCACGAAUCUUAAUCUGGCCGGAAUUCGGGCUGACUGCUCCGAGAUUCUCGCCGGAUAGAUUUUCCGGCGAUCUUCUCGGCGGACUAUUCCUGGUGGGGUGUGUGGUUUUAUACAAGUGGGGUGCUGGUUUUUGUGCAAUGGGGAGUGAGGCGCCGGAAAAUUUAGCCAUGGCAUCUUCUCUCCAAAUUUCUUUUUCUUCUUCCACAGGUGAAACAGAGGAGGAAGAGCUUCAUGUUUUAGCAGUAGAUGAUAGCCUUAUUGAUAGGAUAGUUAUUGAGAGAUUGUUGAGGAGCUCUGCGUAUAAAGUGACAACUGCAGAGAGUGGGCCGAGGGCUUUGGAGCUGCUAGGACUGGGAGAAGAAGAGUCAUAUGAGCAGAACCCAAAGGUCAAUAUGAUAAUUACAGACUACUGCAUGCCUGAAAUGACAGGAUAUGACCUGCUCAAGAGAGUGAAGGAAUCAAAAACCCUUAAAGAAAUCCCAGUAGUUAUCAUGUCCUCUGAAAAUGUACCUACAAGGAUCAACAGAUGCUUAGCAGAAGGUGCAGAAGAUUUCAUAUUAAAGCCCCUUAAGCUAUCUGAUGUGAAGCGACUCCGGAAUCAUAUGAUCGGAAUGAGCCAGAGAUGUGGUCUUUCGGUUUAGGGAUCCAUCAAAACAUGUAAACUGGAGAAAGAAUCCUUUCAUAUUCUCCUUGAUCAGUUGGGGGGAAAAAAAAAAAUUCAACCCUGAAAAGAGUAAAAAAGUGAGACCAGACUAACUGCCUGCUACAAGGGAGGAGACCAGGGGGUUUAUCAUCUAUAACGCACUGAAUUUUUGUCCAUUUUCUGUUUUUGUUUAUCCAAUGAAAAUCAGGCUCUUCUGAAAUGUGUACUGCAAUUUUUAAUUUAGAUGAGAGCUCAUCCAUGUUGAAAGCUUCCAAAACAAGAACUGGAUGAAUGUUUUCUGUCC